AUGUUGGGUUGGUUGUAUGACUAUAGUAAGCCGACAAAGCUACGUAACAGCCUUAUAGACCGUAGCCCAAACGGAGUGUUUUUCCAUCGCCAUAAUCUUGAAAGAUCUCAAUUGUCUUUUCUACCUGUUUACUAUCCCAACUAUAUGUUGAGGCGCCAGCGCGUGCAGUUCCUGCCUUCAAAAAAAUAUCCAAAUCGAGGAAUCUUACCGAUGAACCUUAACGAUAAAAGAUACUUCACGCUGAGCUAUCUCCCGGGAUCGACUAAUGUGCUGAAUAAAAUUAAAUGGUCUAAUUAUGCGUUUCCAUAUAAGAAUUUUAGUCCCGUAUUGAAAACAACACCAAAGGCAAAUUAUUAUAUGUGGUCUAAAGAAAAACUGAGGCCCGAUUUGCAUAAUCGGGAAUUAUAUUUUACUAAACCAAUUUCACCAACUAAAUCUUUAGUUCCGAAUUAUUGUGUUGGAGCGUACAAAUUUCAGGAUACCUACGCUAAUAUAUUGCCCAUUUGCAUUGAUAAAUUGCCUGCUCUUCCAACACCAGCCGAAAGGGGAGUUUUGAACAAUAACAAAUAUAUUUCUACUACGCUCCGAUUUGAGCCUAGCACCAGGAGCGCAUACAUUCAACAUUUGUUAUCCACCACCCCCCUUCUAAAUUCAGUAAACACAUCUAAUAUAUAUUUCACUAUAAGAGAUGCUAUUACUCCCAGAACUCCCACCAUUUCUGAAUUUAAAUUAAAGAAAAAUUUUACAACGAGAAAUUAUGAAACGUAUCCCCCUACGGAUUACAAUAUACCAAGAGCUAAUACUAUAGCUUCAGAAUUGUGGACAAUGGCAUCAAAUCCCAUUAAUUUGAAUCAAAAAACUUUAUUUUCUCAACCACAAAAAGAUCCAGUUAUAUAUUCUUCCAACGACGACGGAACGCAGAAGAACACUGAUGAUUUCAAUUCAUUUUCCUUUGCAAAUAUGAACACAACUCAAUCGCAUUGGAGCUUCGACCAGUUUCAGCAUAAUACUUGCACAAGCACUUUAUUGAAUACAGAAAACAAAUGUCCUUCCCAAAGUAAGGAUAAUACGAAAAAUUUUAUUUCCACAGCACCGUUGCAAGUCUCUACAUGGUCGACAACCUUAAGGUCUCUACCUGUUGGAACAACUACAGUUUUUGGAACCAUCUCGACGCCUUUAACUAAAUUACCUUACUCUGACAAUGUUUCAACAACCGUUUCAUGGAAUGUUACACAAGAAUCAAUUUAUUUAAGUGAAAAAAGUUCAAGUACUGCCAGUACAACUACCAACCGACCAACGUACAGGAGAAGUAAAAUUAUUCAAAUCCGUAAAAGAAUAGUUUUUAAAGAAAAAAUUAAGAAAAAGGAAAGAAAUGCCAAAACGUUAUCGUCAACGUUAUCGACACCCAUACGAUCUACUGAAUCGAAAUCGAAGGAAAAGAGAAAAUAUGUUUCUUCUACAUUUCCUCCACCCGCUCAAACAAUGCCGUCGCCACGGACUACUGAAUUGGAACCAUUAUUACGAGUUAACAGUGUUGUCAAAAAAUCCAAAAAUAAGUUUCAAGUGAAAAAUCGCAACCGAUGGACUCCUUCAUAUGAAAGGACACACAGUAAAGUAAACAAUAGUAACAUUACCACAAGUACCGCAAUAACAACGGCACUUAAGUUGACGACCAAACCUGACCCUCAAAGGACUCAUAGCGCAAACAAAUUGAGAUCAAAAGUAAGCAGACAUAACAGAAGAUCGAAUUUUAUGCAAAUUAGUACGACGAAGAGCAUGCCAGAAUUUCAAGUUCAAUCAACUACACCAAUGGCUAGUAGCACUCCGGAAUCUGCAAUAAUGAGAAUAUUAAAUAUAAAUUCCGCAAAGUUGCCCAUUGCUAAAAGUAACUCAACGAAUUCGUUGAUACCUAUUCCAAAACCUAGUAAUGGAUUUGUUGCUGAGCUACCUAUAGUCACAUACUUCAAAGAAGUAACGGAAUCUCGCCAAAUGUAAACAUGUAAAAUUUUCAAAUUUGUAUGUGUAUAAUUGUAUUAGAUUGCUUCAUUAAUGAAUGAAGUCAGUAAACUUGAAAAAGGCUUACACUUUCAUAUGGGAAGAAGUAUUAAAUUUACGACUUUAUUUUUUUUAUUAAAUAUGACCAAUUUAGCACACACGAGCUUCAGUUUCACAGAGCUUUAAACGAUUUUUUAAUUUCAUAUUACUAUAACUACUAUGACAUAUAUCUUACAAUGUGAAAAUCAUAUACGAGCUUUUAAUAUUAACGUUCCCUCUAGCCGGUAGAUAUCACUAAGGGGGUAUACAAUACAAACAAUUUACAUAAUAACGACUCAUUUGUGACAAAAUUUACAGCGCAUGAGGAUUAAUUAAUAUUUUUUAUUUUGUCAGUAUUCGUUUAAGUACAUAUAUAUAUAUAUAUAAAAGGCGUGUAUACCCUUUUUAGGUGUUUCGCCGAGCUCCUCCUCUUAUUUGUGGUGUGCGUCUUGAUGUUGUUCCAUAAAUGGAUAUUUUUAUGAGGAGCUUUUCAUGGCAGAAAUACACUCGGAGAUUUGCCAUUGCCUGCUAAGGGGCGACCGCUAUUAGAAAAAUGUUAAGCUAUUUAUGUUAAGCUAUUUUAAUUUACUUAUAUAAUUAUAAUUAGGUAUAUUGGAUAUACAUUAUGCGUCCACAAAAUCGUGUAUUACUUCACCGAUUUACGGCAUGCCACACCUAAUGGAAAUUAGAAGCCGUUUCAGUAAAAUGCUCUAUCAUUCUACAAAAUUAUAAAGAAAAAGUGAAAGACUACGCCAACUUGUGAUCGGAUGGAUCCGAAUUGUGGACAGGAAUAUAUAAGUUUGGAAGUAUUAUUUUAGUUUGGUCUACCGUAGUUUCGAUUGUUCGUGAACUUUAACGGAAGAGUUCUUAACACUAAUGAAACAUUUGACAAAUCCACUCGAAAUUUGUGAAAUAUACUCGACGAGCACUUAAAGAAAUUGGAAAAUAAUGUAUAUGUUUGUAUGUAUAUAUAAAAUAUAUUUUUCGAAGCUAUUAAUGGGACUUACCUAUUUAUUGUUA